CCUCCGCAUCUGUGAAGAGUAGCGGGGGAUCGCGGCCACAGAGUCACAGCGGCACCGAACCGGUAUGGUGUGCGGUACGCAUCGCGGCGCGCACUGCAGCUCAGCCUCACCGGCACCGUCCUCUGCGCUCGUUUGUAAAUGCGGCACGUUUGACAGCUGCUGCGGGUCCGCCGAACCGGAGCUCAUCGUAUAAAGUCGGGAGCGGAGGAACAGCUGAUCCACGGAUGGUCGUCGGAGGCAACAAUCACCAGAGCCAAACAAGUGUUCAGCCUCUGCAGUGAGGUGCAUUUGGUCGAUGAAGGCCACUCAUCAUUGUGAUGUAUAAUGGCUCCUGCACUGAGUGCUAUGUUGGGGUCAGGGGCCGUGGGGUCAGAGGUCGCAGGGGUGGCGGCGCUGGCUAAAGGGGAGCUGGCACUUGUAGGCACGCUCACGGCGCUCACGGCUUUCCUGCUGCUAUCUGUCCUGCUGCUGCUGUGUGCGAGCUGCCAGGGGCAGAAAAAAGGGGGGCCGCCAGGAGACCAUGAAAACCUGAUGAAUGGGGUGUCAGAAAAGGAAGCAUGCAGCCAGUCAGUAGAGAGCCAUGGGACUGACUUGGCGGUCAGCAGUUCCCAUAAUGGGCCUCUUACCAGUGGUACAGUACUAACAGACACAAUGGACACAAGUCCCCAGCCUUCAGAAGACAUGCUGUCCAGCCAAUCAGAGAUCAGAUCCUCUAAGUAUCACCAGGAUCGCGAAUUACCCAGCAUUCCUCCCACAGAUACCCUCAAAGCAGCCAUAGAUGCUCAAGCUCCCUCAGGAGAAGGCACGUACGAGGUGGUGAAGGACAGCGCCUCCCGUGAUGUCAGUGUCGAGGACUGUCUAUAUGAGACAGUGAAAGAACUCAAGGACAUUGGCCUCCCCAACGGUACACUAAGCCCAGAGGAACCACCUGCGCCUCUUCUUAACGGCCACCCAAGCCCUGCUACACCAGACCACACCAUGCUGCCCAAUGGUGUGGAGUAUGCCUCCGUCAACCUCAGCAAGAAGAGCCGCUACAGCACCGACAUGGAGGCCAGGCGCUCGGCCGCCAUUGUGAAUUUCGAAGAGCCCGAGGAUGAAAAACCACCUCCUGUACCAGACAAAGUACUGGAUGAGAAUGAGAACCAGCAGAUCCCGAAUGGGCAGUUACACUCCACGUUGACAUCUCCAGAACUUCAGGAUGACGUGUCUCCGGACAGUGAGUUGUCAGACAUGUACUCGAAGGUAGUGAAGAAUUCUUUAAAGGAAACGGAGAAUGACUACAGCAGUAUUGGAGACAUCAAGGGAAUGGUGCCGGAGUCGACUUCCAGUGAUCUUUAUGCCACGGUUGGAGAUGAAUUCCCAAUGGCUCUUGGCUCCCAGCCUCCGGAAGGGCUUACAGAGAAUGCAGACCCUGGGUACGAGACCAUCACGAUCUCCAAAGCAUCUGAAGAGGCUCAUCAGGGCAAUGGGAUAGUGGAGCCUGACUAUGAGAGUGUGGGGGAACUGGGUCUCAACGGGGACAUCUCUCGUCUCUGACCACCCGUGUAAGGGACUGUGGACGCUGAGAAGUCACUUCUCUGAGGUUUAGAAGUGGCAGUUGGGGUGAUAUCGCGAGUAUAAUGCACUUAACCUUUGCUGAUUGAAUGUUUUUGAGCAUAGCAUUUAUGCAGCGUAUAGUUUUCGAAUAUUCUAAACAAAGGGGUUCAUUUAAACCUGUGACCCAGCACAGGAAAUGAAACACUCUAUAGUCGCUCGGAAGACUGUUUGUUAUGCUAUUCAUGUGAAAAUUUGCGUACCACAAACCCAAGUUUCCCCUCACUGGCACCGUUUAUGACUGAUAUGUUCCUACCAAUUUGCCAAUUUUGUCCCGACACAUGCAGCAGGGAUGUAUCUAAUACAGAGCAUCUCCAUUUGUUUAGCAGGAGAGCAUUUGAUAUUUUUAAUGCUUUCUGGGCAGCUGAUGUGCUCAACGAUUGCAGUUACUCUUCAAUACACACCAUCUCUAAACGCUUUCCACAGCUUGUUCCCGUUCUAGUAAGAAACACAAAACAAAAUGCUCACAAAUGCAUCCCAUUACUAAUAUCCUCUAAUGUACAGCUGUAAUUAUGGUUUAUUAAAAUAAAAGACAUUACAUUAGGGUAAAUUAGAGCCUGAAAGCUCUGAUAUAGAAAGGAAUACUUUUUGCUAGACCAAAGAUUAACACAUGCAUAUGAAUAUUAAGCAAGAAUAUCUGCUGCAUUGAAAACACAGCAACACAAAUGUGACUUAAAUUAGUUCAAAUGGAAAACAUGUAUAAUGCUAAUGCUAUUUCAGACUUUGAUGUAAAAUAUGCUAUAUCUGAAUAGCGGAAGAUCAUGUUUAAUCAUGUCUGCAUAUCCUAAUUAAUAUACAUGAGCUGAGAGUUCAUCGUUUUGUGACAUUACAAGCAGCACAUCUGCUUAACCCCCUUCCCAAGUCUCCGCCACUUUUCGAAACAAAGCGACACCAAUGGCUGUGCUUUUUACGAGAAAUAUUUUAUUCAUAUUGUGUACUAGUAGGUUCCACGCGUUUGCACACUGCACCUGCUGUGAGCUCCACUCUGCCUGCCCGUUUUCACGUGAUACUAGUUGAGCAACCGACAGAGUCGUGUCCUCGUAUAACCCCGAGAAGAGAACCAAUCAGAUCGAGUCAACAGCAGACCUCUCAGCUCAGUCCAUUAAGGAACUAGACUCAUUUUAAUCAUUCAGAACUGCUGGAGCAUUUACUUUCACAAGUAGUAAGCAAGAGGUGUUCACAUAAAGCAUAUCGAAAUAUAAAAGAGGAACAUUUAAAUGUUGCCAUCAUUCUGAGCCGUUUAACUUUUUUUUUUUUUUUUUUCAAUGUGUCAAAUCACAUGCUCUGGUGAGGAAGUGACCUUUUAGGUACGCAAAGUUAAGCACACUCAUUUAAGAAUGUACUAAAAGGGUAUUAACGAAAAGUUGGCUAUUAUCUAUUGCUGGUGUGAGUUUGCAUCCUUUCAAUUGUUCACUUAAUGCCAUUUGUGAUGUAAUUGAGCUAUGUUGUCAAGAUUUAUGUUUUUUUUUAUUGAUGCAGCUGUAUUGAUUGACUAUCAGAUACAUUAUAUAUUUCAGAUAUUGUUUAGUUUUUACAUGUAAUAGGUACGCAACAUUUCAAAAGGUACUGCCACACUGCAGCUUUGCCUGGCAGCUUAUGUACUUUAUUAUCAGGUAUGCAUUUUUAGCUGCUUUUACAUUCAUGUAGCAGUAUAAUCAAAAAGCAUAGCGCAUCCAGACGCUGCAUGGGACAACUUCAUGCCAAGAGACACUUGUAAAUAUUCAAAAGACUAUUAUGAGCUAUUAAAUUAUGUCAGUGUUCAAGUAAAGUUCUGUAAUAAUUGGAAGCAGCUCUCAAAUGACAGCACGUGGAACUUUUAUAGUUUGUUUGUAUCUAAGAUCUAAUGAAAAUUUAAGAGUCAGUGGAAUACAGCCUGUUUUCUAGAUGCAUUUUUAAUUAAAGAAAGUUUAAUGGAGGUUUAUUAACAUUUAAAAGGCUAAUAGGAAUAUGUAUUUCUUUUGGAGUAUUUAGCACUAUUUAAAACGUGAGGUUUUUUGAGGACUGCGGAUGGAGUCCAAAUGUUGUCCGUGUUUGCUUGUAAUGGUACGUCGUGUUGGUACAGGUUCCAUAUUAAAAAGUUGUUUUAUUUAAUAUCAUGGUGAAACAUUGAGCAUUUGGUUUCUCCCUCUAACCAAAUUAUGUAUUAAGUUGUAAAUAAGAAUGAAUUUUACAUUUGUUUAUUUCAUCAUAACCUUUGUAUUGUGGUAUUUGCUUAUUAAACAUAUAGUCAUGCUGGACUAAUAA